AUGGGGGCAGCGGCAACUAAUAACAUCACCAGUUUACCUGCCACUGUACCUCGUCUCCCAACCACUUCCACAAUUCCGCCUUUCCGCCUCAGCACAAGUCCACCUGCACAACAGUUCCGCAUCCAUGAUGAUGAACUAGGUAAGAAGAUUCGUAUGGCCGUUCAUGAAUUUCAGCGAAGUAACUCCUGGGAGACGUUUGCUACGGCACAGAGAGGAUCAGCUCCAGAUAUUGCGCCCAAUGUUAGGCAUCUGGCACAUCCAGCUGCACACCUCCUCGAUCACCUUCGAAAUCAUGGCGCACCCAUACCGAUGUCUACACUACCUUGGAACGCACAACGACGAGAUGACGCCGUCGCCCGCGGUCCUCACAAGUCUGCAAAAGAUGAAGUGUCCUUUGUCCAAGAAGAGUUCACUGAUUUUCUCAACAAGAAAUUCUGGACCAUCCUCCCCUAUCGACUCGUGCGGCACCUACAGAACUUGCGACUCAGUCCUCUUGGCGUAGUUCCACAACGGGACAGACGGCCCCGACUGACAGUUGACCUUUCUUUCUUUGGCAUCAAUCAAGAAUCCGUCCCAAUCGCGCCAUCAGAUUCCAUGCAAUUCGGACGUGCCCUUCACCGCAUCCUGCAACGAAUCCUCCAAGCCAACCCCCUACACGUUCCUGUUUACAUCUCCAAAAUUGACAUUGCUGAUGGUUUCUACCGCAUUCAAUUGGCACCUUAUGCCGUCCCACAUCUGGCCGUCCUACUCCCGCAACACCCCAACGAAGAAGCCAUGGUUGCCUUUCCCCUGGUCCUCCCUAUGGGCUGGGUCAAUUCGCCACCAUACUUCUCGGCCGUCACCGAAACUGGAGCGGACCUGAUGAACCGACGCCUCAAACAGCGCCCCCAAGAGCCACCUCAUCGCCUAGAAGAGCUUGCUCUGAAUCCACCAGCACUUGAGAAGCCUGCUUCGAGUCUACCUCCGACAACCCACCGUGUGGAUGACCCUAUCGCCACGCCACCUUCCAAGCCCAUCCAUCAACCUCGGUUCUGUCGGCCAAUGCAAUACGCUGACGUCUACGUUGAUGACUUCAUCUCUUUGGUCCAGGGUACCGAGAACGACCGUCAGCCGGCUUCCGUCAAAAAGCUCACGAAGGGCGACGCCAGCUGGUCUACCAAGAAAGUGGUACUCGGAUGGCUCCUGGAUUCUGUUGACAAAACCAUCAGCCUUCCGCCACAUCGAAUUGAACGGCUCCAAACCAUCCUGGCCGGCAUUGGCCCCACAAAGAAGCGCAUCAGUGCCAAGAACUGGCAUCGUUUGCUGGGUGAAUUGCGAUCCAUGGUGAUUGAAAUACCAGGUGCAUGCGGCCUGUUUAGCCCACUUCAAGAAGCCUUUCGGACCAAAACCCCGGACCAUCGUCUUUGCCUGAAUGCCAUGGUUCACCAAUUCCUGGACGAUUUCCGUCAGCUGUCCAAAACCCUUGGCGACCGCCCCACCAGGAUAGCCGAACUCAUUCCUCAAGAUCCGAGUGUUAUUGGAACUACAGAUGCUUCAGGGCAGGGGAUGCUGGGCGGUGUUGUUUUUCUCAAUACUCCCUCUGGUCUGCGACCCAUACUCUAG